AUGAAUGCAACUAAAGAUAUAGAGCUUCUCCUUAUGAGAGGGUAUGAAAAGACAGAUGGAUGUAUACUUUCACGGAAGGUUGAUGCAACGCCAGCUUCGUUUUAUGAUGGGACGAGUUUAGAGGAUUUCAUCAAAGACUGGGCAUUCAGAGUCAGUAAGAAGAAGAGCAAUAGCUUUGACGUAACCAUCGACUACAGUAGUUUGGGUGUCAAUGUGGACAUCACUGAAGUAGUAAAAGGUGAACCAAGAACUGUUAACACGACCAAUCCCGUAUUAUUCCAAACAAGUUACCAGAAUAUCUCGAAUGAUACAAGAUUGGAUGAAUUUGUGAAUGAUUAUGAGGUGAACUCAAAAUAUUGUGUGAAGCUUGAUAGCACUGUUCAAUCAACAUUAGGCCCCUUGAACGAAAUAUCAUUUCCAAAUGGUUUCUGCGGCCUCAAUAUCGUACAUAAAUUCAGCCUUGGUGAUCCCGCUGAUCAAGAUUUCGAGGAAAACAAAAAAUAUGUAAUCAACAAACAAAUCCACACCUUCCCUUACCAUCGCACCGAUGUCACAGUGACAUCUGUUGAGCAUGAAAUAGACACAGAUUUCAAGGUUGAUAUCAACCUUGAAGGUAAAAUCAGUGUUAAACUCACAAAGAAAGAUGGCAGCACGUCACCUCUUGAAAUAAAUGAAGAAAUUUCAAGCAUACUUGCUGACUUUGAAGAAGUCUCCAAAACCCCAAAAGGAGUACAUUUAGAGAUUAAAGGCACGUUUAAGUGUAUCCAUAGAGGUCAGGUGAAACUUCAACAGCAACAAACAGUAUUACAAGAGGAAUGCAGUGGUAGAAUACGAGAAGUAGAGGAACGGUUUGGGAAUGAUGGAAAAUCUUUACAAAAAGAUGGCAGAAUAUUAUACUUCGAGGGGGAGUUUGAUAAAGCAACUCAUGGAAAAGUCAAAAGAUGGCAGCAUAAACAUGUAUUUCUAUUCGACGAUAUUCUUGUUUAUGGAGUUCCAGCCCAUUCCGGAAACUCGAUUACAAAGCAAGUCAUUUUAUCAUUAGUGGGAGCUACUGUCUCGGAAACAAAGAAAGAGAAAGAUGGAACAAGAAAUUUUGUGAUUAAAACAGAAACAAAUGAAUUGGAGUUGAAAGCGAAGACUCCUGAAGUAAAAGAAGCCUGGAUGCAGCGCAUACGAAACACACGUGUGAACAAACAGAUGCAUGAGCUGGCGUGCCAAGUUGAAGAGGUGAAAGACGUUGUGAAACAGAAUGUGGUUAAGCUCGAGGACAGGGGAGCUUCAGUGGAAAACUUGACAGAGAAGGGCGAGAACUUGAAUAAACAGUCGGAAAGCUUCCACAAAACAACAAAGAAUUUAAAGGAGGAGAUAAGGCUACCCUGGUAUAAAAAACUUUGGAGGUGGUGUCUCCCGAACUGUUGUUGUUGCUUUCAAGUAUGUUACAAAUCUAAACUUUGUAACCCUUGUUGCGCACGCAUGUGUUCAUGUUGCAUUGAUGACGACACACGGAAAGAACAAUAUGAACAAUCCAUGCAAAAUGAAAUGAAACCCUUGAAAAAAGGUCAACGAAUAAAGAGGGGGAUCGGAAAAGGUGUGGAUGAUAUUAAAGAAGAAGACAUUGAACUGGCAUUUAAGCAACACGCAGAGUCUGAUAAAGUAUGAUCUAUUACAUACUACAAUAGUUGACAUAAAUAAUCAAAUACAAGUAUAAACAAUUUAAUCAUAAAAUCCUCCCAUUGUUUAUGAAUAUUUUUAAACGGGAUAAUCAGCAGAUCAUUUUGGAGGAUAUGUCUUGUAUCUUUUAAGAAUUCUCAAAUGUAAUUUUACUCAACCUUUUCAAUACACGGAUUGAGCAAUGAAAUAUUGAUAGCGAAUAUGACUGCUAGAUGGAUUACAUGAUUGUUUUGUAUGCUUCUCAAAAUAUGGUCUUGGUGAAUCCUUAACCCUUGAGCUGCUUUGCAAUAUAUUCUCAAAUAAAGAAAUAAAUGUGAUGAAUAAAUAAAUAAAUACAUACGAAAAUGACAAUUAAACCAAAGCAAUCGGCUCUUUAAUUGUAACCCUACUGUCACCAUCUUGCUUCAUCAAGCCUCGGACCUAUUCUC